UAGGGUAAUUUGAUCUAAAUUCUAAAACCCAUGGCAACUGAACUAGCAGGUUGAGAACCGUUAAACCCUAGCUUCUUCUUCCUCUUCGAUUAGCGUCUUCGUCUCUCGCACUUCGUUUUCACCUUCACCUCGCAGAAGAAAGAGAGUAGUAAAAGGAAGCAAAGAUGAAUAUGAACGAAGAGAGUGGUGAAGGAAGCGCGAGGAGGGUCCAAGUGCGCUUCGUGACGAAGUUAGGCGAGCCGUACAAAGUUCCGACCACCGCCAUCGCCAUCCCCGCCGACCUCGCUCGAUUUGGCCUCUCCUCACUCGUCAACGCACUCCUUCAAUCCAACGACGCUGAUCAUCAGCCGGAGCCGUUUGAUUUUUUAAUCGAUGGUGAGUUCGUCCGGAUGUCGCUCGAGCAGUUUCUUUUGGCCAAGGGAAUCUCUGCGGAAAGGAUAUUGGAAAUUGAGUACGCAAGGGCUGUCGCUCCGCGGAAGGAGGAGGACCCUUCUCUACAUGAUGAUUGGGUUAGUGCUGUUGAUGGUUCUUCUUCUCGGUUCUUUUUGACCGGAUGUUAUGAUGGUUUAGGGAGGGUAUGGAAAGGUGCUGGAUUAUGUACCCAUAUAUUGGAGGGACAUAGUGACGCAAUCACUUCCGUUAGUAUCAUCAAUCCAAAAGGUGAGGAAACUGUUACAGUAGCUACUGCUUCGAAAGACAGGACAUUGAGGCUAUGGAAGCUCAAUGCUGGGGAUCAUGUAAACAAUCCUAUGAGGGUUAGGGCUUACAAAAUCUUGCGUGGUCAUAAGUCUUCUGUACAGUGUGUUGCAGUGCAGACUGCUGGAGAGAUGGUUUGUUCAGCUUCUUGGGAUUGCACCAUCAAUCUAUGGCAAACUAAUGACUUUAAUGCGGAAGAUGACCUAGUGUCUAAAAAGAGAAAAAUUGGAGCUCAAGUUGAGGAGUCCCAACUAGAGGGAGAGGCUUUUACUACCCUUGUGGGCCAUACACAGUGUGUGUCUGCUGUGGUUUGGCCACAACGGGAGUCAAUUUAUUCUGCAUCUUGGGAUCAUUCUAUUAGGAAAUGGGAUGUUGAGACAGGAAAAAACUUGACAGAUUUAUUCUGUGGGAAGGUUCUCAACUGCCUUGAUAUUGGUGGGGAAGGUUCUACUCUGAUAGCUGCUGGUGGUUCUGAUCCUGUCAUUAGGAUUUGGGAUCCUCGUAAACCAGGCACUUCUGCUCCUGUUUUUCAGUUUUCUUCUCAUAUGUCCUGGGUUUCGGCUUGCAAAUGGCAUGAUCAGUCUUGGUUUCAUUUACUUUCUGCAUCCUAUGACGGGAAAGUUAUGUUGUGGGAUCUGAGAACUGCGUGGCCUCUUUCAGUCAUUGAAUCGCACAGUGAUAAGGUAUUGUCUGCUGAUUGGUGGAAAAGUAACAGUGUUAUCAGUGGUGGAGCAGACUCAAAACUUUGCAUUUCUUCAGAAAUUCCUGUACAAUAGGGUAAACUUCGUUCAUAUUAUGGCUGUCUUUUGUGAUGGUGGGAUAGGGGCAGAUAUUUAUUAUAUGUAGAGAACGGGUCAAGUUUUUUGGCCAAUUUUGUCCUAGGCACAACUGCCAAGUGUUUUAUCAGUUGUGAACAAAGUCUUAUUUUGUGUUGCUAACGGCUAUGGAUGUAAGCAUUUGAAAUUAUUCAUAUUUUGCUACUCAUUGUGCAUGCAAAUCUUCAAUAUUUUACUUA